AUGAGGAGGGACCAGGAGGAGAGAGGAGGGACCAGGAGGAGAGAGGAGGGACCAGGAGGAGAGAGGAGGGACCAGGAGGAGAGAGGAGGGACCAGGAGGAGAGAGGAGGGACCAGGAGGAGAGAGGAGGAGGGACCAGGAGGAGGAGAGAGAGGGACCAGGAGGAGAGAGGAGGGACCAGGAGGAGAGAGGAGGGACCAGGAGGAGAGGGGAAGGACCAGGAGGAGAGGGGAAGGACCAGGAGGAGGAGAGAGAGGAGGGACCAGGAGGAGAGGGGAAGGACCAGGAGGAGAGGGGAAGGACCAGGAGGAGGAGAGAGAGGAGGGACCAGGAGGAGAGAGGAGGGACCAGGAGGAGAGAGGAGGGACCAGGAGGAGAGAGGAGGGACCAGGAGGAGAGAGGAGAGAGGAGGGACCAGGAGGAGAGAGGAGAGAGGAGGGACCAGGAGGAGAGAGGAGAGAGGAGGGACCAGGAGGAGGAGGAGGAGGAGGAGAGAGGAGGGACCAGGAGGAGGAGAGAGGAGGGACCAGGAGGAGGGAGAGAGGAGGAGGGAGAGGAGGGACCAGGAGGAGGAGAGAGGAGGGACCAGGAGGAGAGAGGAGGGACCAGGAGGAGCGAGGAGGGACCAGGAGGAGAGAGGUAG